GGUCGGCAUUUUGUUCUGCGAGAGAGUGUGUGUGGAUUCUUUUAUGUGCGCCCAGCAGCAGACCUUCGGCACCGAAUCCUUUCUGCCAUCAUCCGGAAUCAACUGCGAUCUUCCGCGAGCGCCGGCGAGAGAAAAGAGCUCCGCCUUCAUGUUUGCAGUGAGAGGAAGCGGUGCGACCCGGAUUAUUGUUGUGAGAGGGACACAGCGAGAUCGAACCCCUCCACCUUCACCUUUCAACAGCAGCAGAGCCUCAGCAAAAGAUGUAAAGGCAGAUCAGUGAGCAGCUACACUGAGCGACCUGUGCAUCCACGCGAGAUCCCUGCCCUUCUUCAGCAUGAAUGGGGAUAUGCCUCAUGUUCCCAUCACCACUCUCGCCGGGAUCGCAAGCCUCACUGACCUGUUAAAUCAGCUGCCACUCCCCUCCCCUCUCCCUGCCACCACCACUAAGAGCCUGCUGUAUAAUGGGAGGAUCGCAGAGGAGGUCAGCUGUCUGCUGUCCCUGCGGGAUGACAACCUUGUGUCCCAGCUGGCCCACAGCCUCAACCAGGUGUCCACCGAACACAUAGAGUUGAAGGACAACUUGGGCAGUGAUGACCCGGAAGGAGAUGUGCCUCUACUGCUGCAGACGGUGCUGUCCAGGAACCCCAAUGUCUUCAGGGAGAAAAGUACGCCCACCCGAUAUGGGGUUCAGGGCGGUUUAAUGCAACAGCCAAUGAUCCCAUCAUACAAGAUGCCUCAGAACUCCAUGCACGGAAGCCCUGCAUCAAACUACCAGCAAACCACUAUAACUCAGAGCCCUCCCAGCCGAUAUGUUCAACCUCAGACGGGUUCUAGUACCAGAUACAUGCCCCAGCAGAGCAGCCCGGUGCCCAGCCCAUAUGCUCCACAGAGCCCUGCAGGCUACAUGCAGUACAGCCACCCACCCAGCUACUCUCAACACCAACAGAUCCAGCAAGUGUCUGUAUCUAGUCCAAUCGUUCCUGGUGGCAUGAGAAACAUCCAUGACAACAAGGUUUCUGGUCAAGUGUCGGGUAACUCCAAUCAUAACGCAAGACGUUGCUCCAGUGACGAGUACAUCGGCAUUGUCCAGAGACUUGGAAAUGAUGAGAGUGACCCCGGUAUGAGAAACGCCUCCUUUCCCGUUCGCUCAGUCUGCUCUCCUGCUGGUAGUGAAGGGACUCCGAAAGUUGGAUCUCGACCACCUCUCAUUCUCCAAUCUCCUCCACCCUAUGCCUCCCCAAGAGAUGCUGCUCCCGACCUUCUCUUGGACUCACCUGAGCAGAAAAAGAAGCAAAAAAAAUGUAUGAAGGAGGAGGGGGGUAAAGGUGCCAUGUAUGAUAUUGUCAGCUCUCCCACUAAAGACUCCACAAAGCUGACAAUAAAGUUAUCUCGUGUGAAAUCCUCUGAGAUGGAGCAGUCAGCAGAGCCAUUGUCGGUGGUGGAGCAUGGCUCAGAUGCUGAGAAUGAGCUGUCGUGCAAUAGCUUGCCGUACCACCGGAACCCCCAGGAGCGGCUGACCGCAGGUCAAGGUCUCCCAGGGGAGCAGUUUGGCUGCCAGCAGGUUCCUGUACUACAGAACACUGGUGCACUUGCGGCCAAGCUACCUGGGGUAGUCAGUGGAACCCCCUACGACGAGGCAGAGUUGGACGCUCUGGCUGAAAUUGAAAGGAUUGAGAGAGAAUCUGCUAUAGAACGGGAACGCUGCUCUAAAGAAGUUCAAGAUAAAGACAAACCUUUGAAGAAGAGAAAGCAGGAUUCAUACCCGCAGGAACCAGGGGCUGCGGGCACUGUGGGGGCUGCUGGAACACCUGGAGUAGGCGGUGGAUGCAAUGCUGGGAACAAACUGGUACCUCAAGAGGCUUGUGCUGCUAGCAACGGAGCCAGUCGGCCUGCCCUGAUGGUCAGUAUUGACCUGCAACAGGCAGGCAGAGUAGAAGGGCCACUGGACUCCUGUCCUGUUUCUGCAACAGAGGCCCAGCGCUGGCCGGAGGAUGGCUCUGAAUCCACAGGUGUCUUGCGGCUGAAAUCAAAGACAGAUGGAGAGGUGCAGAGGACAGUGGACAGUCGGCCAGAGGUCAUCAAACAGCGAGUGGAAAUUCCACUGAAAACCACUUCAGAUGGACGGCCAGAGACAACUAAACACAAGCAUGACAACCGCAGAGAGAUCUCCAACAAAGUGAGUUCAGAAAAGAGAUUGGAUAUCUCAAAGCACAGACAUGACGUUAAGCCCGACAAAGUGAGGUGUGAGGGAAAAGGUCAUGAAACUUCUCGAAAACAUGAUGGGCUUUCGGAGUCAACUCGAGAUGCCAAAGAGGAACGGCAUAGAGAUCGGGAGAGCGAAAGCUCCAAAAUUCGCAGAUCAGACUCAUCCAAAUCUUCCAGUCGGGUGGAGCAUGGUCGAGACAAAGAACGGGUCAAGGAGCGGGACAGGGAUAAAAAACGGCAAAGGAAUCGAGACAAGGAGCGGGAAAAAGAUCUGGACAUGGAACGGGAAAAAGAUCUGGACAGGGAGCGGGAAAAAGAUCUGGACAGGGAGCGGGAAAAAGAUCUGGACAGGGAGCGGGAAAAAGAUCUGGACAGGGAGCGGGAAAAAGAUCUGGACAAGGAGCGGGAAAAAGAUCUGGACAAGGAGCGGGAAAAAGAUCUGGACAAGGAGCGGGAAAAAGAUCUGGACAAGGAGCGGGAAAAAGAUCUGGACAAGGAGCGGGAAAAAGAUCUGGACAAGAAACGGGAAAAAGAUCUGGACAAGGAGCGGAAAAAGGACAAGGUGAAAGAUCGGGACAAGGACAAAGGAAAAGAUCGGGACAAGGACAAAGGAAAAGAUCGGGACAAGAACCGGGGAAAAGAUCGGGACAAGGAACGGGGAAAAGAUCGGGACAAAUAUAGGGAUCGGGAAAAGGUUCGGGACAAGGAACGGGGAAAAGAUCGGGACAGAGAAAAGAAGCGGCACACGGAAUCAACAGAGCACCGGGAGAAACAGUCUCCUGAGCAACGCUUGCAGCCCAACAGUCCACGGGUGAAGCAGGAACCACGUGGAGGAGCAGAAUCCAAAACAAAACCAGAGCGACCAGUCCUCAAAACUCCCAACAACAAAGAUGAGAAGCGAAGUGGAGACAUCAAGAACCGGCUGGAUGGACACAAACCACCAUCUUCGGACACUAAGAAGGCAGAGUUUCCCAACUACCUGCUUGGUGGCAAGUCAGGUGCAUUGAAGAACUUUGUCAUUCCCAAGCUGAAACGGGACAAAGAUGGAAACGUGUCGUCAGAUGCCCAACGUCCUUUAGAGGGAUUUCCUGAGCCACGUGUCAAAUUAGAAAAACUGAACCUGAUCGAAGACCUCAAUAGGGGCACUAAACCUGUUGUGGUUCUGCAGAAACUUUCGAUUGAUGAAGUCCGGAAAAUUAUCAGUACUUCACGCAGGUCAAAAUCAGGCAAGAGCAAGUCUUCUUACGGAAGAUUAUUCGAGAUGGAAUCCGGUUUGCCACUUUGUGAGAGGGUGAAAGUGAAUAAACGCAGACGCAGCUCCAAUAAUGAGAAACCUAAGUAUGCAGAAGACAGCUCAGAAGAUGACAGUGACUCUGUUGAAUUGGCCCCGAAACGUUCAAAAAAGGACAGAGACAGAACGUGGCAAUUUGAAGAAAAGGAUCGGAGGGGUUCUGGAGAUCACCGGCGGGGCAGCGGUCACCACGAUAGUCGGAAAAGUUCAAGCAGUCGAUACAGAGAACGCAGUCCCGAAGACUCGGAUGAAGAUUCACCCCCUCCAAGCCUGAGUGACCUUGCCAGAAAGUUAAAGAAGAAGGAAAAGCUGAAAAAGAGGAAAGCUUACGAGCCCAAACUGACUCAGGACGAAAUGAUGGACUCAUCCACGUUCAAAAGAUUUUCCACCAGUAUCGACAACAUUCUUGAAAACCUAGAGGAUAUGGACUUGACAUCAUUAGCGGAUAAUGAUGAGAUCCCUCAGGAGCUGCUGCUGGGAAAACAUCAGUUCUCAGAAUUAAGCAGUGAAUCAGCCAAAAUAAAGGCCAUGGGCAUCAUGCAUAAGAUUCCAUCUGAUAAGUUGGUUAAGGUCCAGAGUAUUUUGGAAAAAAACAUUCAGGAUGGUGCAAAGCUCUCCACACUCCUAAAUCAUGACAAUGACAGGGACGACGAGGAGCGUUUGUGGCGUGACCUCAUCAUGGAACGUGUCACCAAAUCUGCUGAUGCUUGUCUGAUGGCUCUUAACAUCAUGACCUCAGCACGAAUGCCCAAGGCUGUUUACAUUGAGGAUGUUAUAGAGAGGGUCUUACAGUACACCAAGUUUCAUCUGCAGAACACUCUGUACCCGCAGUAUGACCCUGUCUACAGGUUGAACCCUCAUGGAGGUGGAACGCUGAGCUCGAAAGCCAAGCGAGCAAAAUGCUCGACGCACAAGCAGAGAGUUACUGUCAUGCUCUACAAUAAAGUUUGUGACAUUAUCAUUAACCUGUCUGAACUUCUGGAGAUUCAACUGAUGACUGACACGACCAUACUUCAGGUUUCGUCUCUGGGCAUCACUCCAUUCUUUGUAGAGAAUGUGAGUGAGCUGCAGCUUUGUGCCAUUAAAUUAGUGACUGCUGUGUUCUCCAGAUACGAGAAACACAGGCAGCUGAUCCUGGAGGAGAUCUUCACCUCUCUUGCCAGACUGCCCACCAGCAAGAGAAAUUUAAGGAACUUCAGACUGAACAGCAGUGAUGUGGACGGGGAGCCCAUGUACAUUCAGAUGGUGACGGCUCUGGUUCUGCAGCUCAUUCAGUGUGUGGUCCAUCUGCCUUCUGAUAAAGACAUUGAUGAUGAGAAUGACAGGAAGGUUGAUUGGGAUGUUCUAAUCACAAACUCCUAUGAAACUGCAAUGAGAACAGCACAAAACUUCCUCUCCGUUUUUCUCAAAAAGUGUGGCAGUAAGCAGGGUGAGGAUGACUACAGGCCACUGUUUGAGAACUUUAUCCAGGACCUUCUGUCCACGGUUAAUAAACCUGAUUGGCCAGCUGCCGAACUGCUAUUGAGCCUUCUAGGAAGGUUACUGGUUCACCAGUUCAGUAAUAAACAGACAGAGAUGGCUCUGAGAGUGGCGUCUUUGGAUUAUUUGGGCACAGUGGCUGCCCGUCUUCGCAAGGAUGCAGUUACCAGCAAAAUGGACCAAUGCUCUAUAGACCGCAUUCUUGGAGAGAGCUCUGGUAGUGAUGAGGUUCAGCAGCUGCAGAAGGCUCUGUUGAAUUACCUGGAUGAGAAUGUGGAGACUGAUCCAUCUCUGUUGUUUGCACGAAAGUUCUACAUUGCGCAAUGGUUCAGAGACACCAGCACGGAGACGGAGAAAGCCAUAAAAUCACAGAGGGACGAUGACUCAUCUGACGGGCCGCACUACGCCAAGGACGUUGAGACCACCAGUGAGAUCUUGCAGAAAGCCGAAGCACGCAAGAAGUUCCUCCGGUCUGUUAUCAAGACCACACCAUCAAAGUUCAGCAGUCUGAGAGCAAAUUCUGAUACUGUGGACUAUGAGGACUCGUGUCUUAUUGUGCGAUAUCUGGCCUCCAUGAGGCCGUUUGCACAGAGCUUUGAUAUUUAUCUCACACAGAUCUUGAGAGUUCUAGGGGAAAGUGCCAUCGCAGUCAGAACAAAAGCGAUGAAGUGUCUUUCAGAAGUGGUCGCAGUGGAUCCAAGCAUUCUCGCUAGGCUGGACAUGCAGCGGGGUGUUCACGGCCGUCUGAUGGAUAAUUCCACCAGUGUGAGAGAAGCUGCAGUGGAGCUGCUAGGCCGGUUUGUACUGAGUCGCCCACAGCUAACCGAACAGUACUAUGACAUGCUGAUCGAGCGGAUCCUGGACACGGGCAUCAGUGUUAGGAAAAGGGUUAUUAAAAUCCUUCGAGACAUUUGUCUGGAGCAGCCCACCUUCAACAAGGUCACAGAGAUGUGUGUAAAGAUGAUCAGGAGAGUCAAUGAUGAGGAAGGCAUCAAGAAAUUGGUGAAUGAGACAUUUCAGAAGCUGUGGUUCACACCAACACCUAAUCAUGAUAAAGAGGCCAUGACUCGCAAGAUUCUCAACAUCACAGAUGUGGUGUCUGCAUGCAAGGAUUCUGGUUACGACUGGUUUGAGCAGCUACUUCAGAACUUGCUGAAAUCAGAGGAGGACGCCUCGUACAAACCCGCCAGGAAGGCUUGUGCUCAGUUGGUGGACAGUCUAGUGGAGCACAUUGUCAAAUACGAGGAGUCUCUCGCUGACUGUGAAAGUAAGGGAGUGACGUCAAAUCGCCUGGUGGCCUCGAUCACCACACUGUACCUGUUCAGUAAGAUCCGACCGCAGCUGAUGGUGAAACACGCCAUGACUAUGCAGCCCUACCUGACCACCAAGUGUAACACUCAGAGUGAUUUCAUGGUGAUCUGUAAUGUGGCUAAAAUCCUGGAACUUGUUGUUCCUCUGAUGGACCAUCCGAGUGAAAACUUUCUCACCACUAUUGAAGAAGACCUAAUGAAACUUAUCAUCAAAUACGGCAUGACGGUUGUGCAGCACUGUGUGAGCUGUCUCGGUGCAGUGGUCAACAAGGUCACCCAUAACUACAAGUUCGUCUGGGCUUGUUUUAACAGAUACUACGGGGCACUGAACAAACUGAAGAUGCAACAUCAAGAAGACUCAAACAGCACUGUGCUGGCUUCUAAUAAACCUGCGCUUCUGAGGUCACUUUUUACUGUGGGUGCCCUGUGCAGACAUUUCGAUUUUGACCAAGAGGAGUUCAAAGGCACAAAUAAGGUGAUCAUAAAGGACAAAGUGCUGGAGCUGCUGCUGUAUUUCACUAAGAAUGAGGAUGAGGAGGUGCAGACCAAAGCCAUCAUUGGUAUAGGGUUCCUGUUCAUCCAGCACCCAGAACUGAUGUUUAAUUCAGAUGUGAAAAACCUCUACAAUGGCCUCCUGGCAGACAGUAAGACAACUGUGAACCUGAAGAUCCAGGUGCUGAAGAACCUGCAGACCUACCUGCAGGAGGAGGACUCACGCAUGCAGGAAGCUGAUAGGGAGUGGAAGAAGUUGGCCAAGCAGGAGGACCUGAAGGAGAUGGGUGAUAUCUCUUCUGGCAUGAGUAGUUCUAUCAUGCAGCUCUACCUCAAGCAGGUGCUAGAGUCCUUUUUCCACACGCAGUCCAGCGUACGGCACUUUGCCCUAAAUGUAAUCGCCCUGACUCUCAACCAAGGCCUCAUUCACCCUGUACAGUGUGUUCCAUAUCUUAUCGCCAUGGGAACCGACUCUGAACCCACAAUGAGGAAUAAAGCCGAUCAACAGCUGGUGGAGAUUGAUAAGAAAUACACAGGAUUCAUUCAUAUGAAAGCUGUGGCAGGGAUGAAGAUGUCCUAUCAGGUGCAGCAGGCCAUCAUGGGUUCCCAGGACUCUGUCAUCAGGGGGUUCCGGCAGGAUGAGUCCAAUGCAGCUCUUUGUUCGCACCUCUACACCAUGGUGCGUGGAAACAGGCAACACCGCAGGGCUUUCCUCAUCUCGCUGCUCAACUUGUUUGACGACAGUGCGAAAUCGGAUGUGAACAUGCUCUUGUACGUCGCAGACAAUCUCGCCUGCUUCCCCUUUCAGAGUCAGGAGGAGCCGCUGUUCAUUAUGCAUCAUGUAGACAUCACGCUGUCAGUGUCUGGCAGCAACCUGCUGCAGUCCUUUAAAGAGUCUUUGCUAAAAGAGCCGAGACAAUGGGAAAAGAAGAAAAAGAGAGCAAAAAAAUAUGGCUCUGAGGAAGAUGAUGAAGACAGUAGCAGGGAAAGCAGCAGUGAUAGUGAUAGUUGUGAUGAUGUCAUACGGCGGCCCAAGAAAUCCAAGCGAGCUGCUGUCGUGGACUCAGACUCUGAUUCAGACCUGGACUUGGAGGAUGUGGACAAGGUGAUGCAGCGUCUUCCUGACAACCCUGAACCUUUGCUGGACUUUUCUAACGCCUCUCAGGGCAUCCUGCUUCUCCUGAUGCUCAAGCAGCACCUUAAGAACCUCUACGGCUUUUCUGAUAGUAAAAUUCUGAAGUACUCGCCUACAGAAUCUGCAAAAGUUUAUGACAAGGCUGUAAACAGGAAGGCCAAUGUGCAUUUCAACCCAUGCCAGACACUUGACUACCUGACGAACAACCAGUCCAGUGCAGAUAUUACUUACGAUGUCAAGAGGAGGAUCGUCAGACAGUAUUUAGAUUUUAAGGUACUCAUGGAGCACUUGGACCCAGACGAGGAGGAUGAAGAGGGAGAAGCUUCAGCCAACACCAAUGCAAGAAAUAAAGCCAUCACUGCUCUACUAGGAGGCUCCAUCCCCAAGAAUAAUGCUGCUGACUCGUAUGAUGAUGACAGUGAUGUGGAUGAAAAGGCCCAUGGGUCAUCACGGCGAUCCAGAAAAGGUGGAGAUUCUGCAGAGGCAUCCGGGCGCAUGAACGAAAAGGUAGAAGCUAAGGACGUCAUCGCUAUCUGCUGUCCCAAGUACAAAGAUCGGCCGCAGAUAGCACGUGUUAUUCAGAAAACAAGCACAGGCUACAGCAUUCGCUGGAUGGCCGGCUCCUACUCGGGCACCUGGGCGGAGGCCAAGAAACGAGACGGACGUAAAUUGGUGCCUUGGGUGGACAAUAUAAAGGAGUCUGACAUUAUUUACAAGAAAAUUGCCUUGACAAGUGCACACAAACUGACCAACAAAGUAGUGCAGACUUUACGUUCACUGUAUGCAGCCAAGGAAGGAACUUCCAGCUAAUUAAACUUGUAAUAACUCUCGAACUGUUACGCCCAAUGAACUCUCGGCAGCCAAACUUCAUCAGGAUUCAACAUUUUGUAAACUCUUAGUUGGAGAGAAAAGAGUUCUACAGGCUCACCAAUUUUAAGAUCCCAAAGUGGAACUGGUCAAAUUGAGGAAAGAAGAUUUUAAACAUGGUCUGUUUUGGAAUUGUAGAUGUGAAUCCUGUACAUCUUUUAAGUUAAACAGAAAAGAAAGAUUUGGGAGCUCCUUCGCUGUUGUGCAGCAACUUGGUUGUUUGAAUUUUUUCCUCCACUGUAUCAUAGUUUAACAAAAAAACAGAAACGAAAAAUGUUUAUAUCGCUGGCAAAAAAAAAAUAAAAAAUCUGUUUAAAGAAAUAAACCUAAAGUGAAUGUUGGAAAUUAGUCUGUUGAUGUUCUUAAUAAAGUGACCUUGGAGUUUAACCUAGACCGGAUGGAUUUCUUUAGCUUAGCUCAGUUUCCAGGGAAAUAAACUUUUAAACAUC